AAAUUUUGAGUGUCUCACUUUUAAUUUUCUCCUGUUUGUCAUUCUCGUCUUCAAAACAUUCAAAAUCAAACGAGGCGCUGAACUGAGCCAUGGCACCGCAUGAUCUCCGCCGUCCGUUCAAGCGACCAGCGAUCUCCGAUCAAGAGCGGCGCAGGGAACAGUCUCUGCUCCGCCAGGCACAGAGUCGCCAAGACGCCCAGCGCCACGCGCGCUUCUUGGCCUCCGCCGCACUCUCUCUCCCACCCAAAACCCCCGAACCAGAAUCCGAACCCAAACCCGAACUCGCGGAAACCGAAGCCAGUUCGGAUUCCGGCUACGAGAGCGUCGACAUCGUUGGAGCGUCGACGCUUUCAGCUGCGGAAGCUCGCAAGUGGUUCGCGAAGCAGCUCAUGCACCCGGAGUGGAUGAUCGACAUCCCCAACAACCUCGCCCAAGACUGGUUCGUCUUCGCUCGCCCUUCCGGGAAACGGUGCUUCGUCGUUUCGUGCAACGGAACGACGAUAAGUCGUUUGCGGAACGGUGCCAUUCUGCAUCGGUUUCCCUCCGCCUUGCCUAGCGGGGCAAGGAAGAAGGACCCCUCCUACUCUAUACUGGACUGCAUCUUUCACGAGGUGGAUCAGACUUAUUACGUUAUUGACAUGGUUUGUUGGCGGGAUUACCCUCUGUCUGAUUGCACUGCGGAGUUUAGGUUCUUCUGGUUGACCUCGAAGCUUGCAGAGACUGGUGCCUUUGACCCUCCCUCGUAUUAUCACAAGUAUAGGUUCAGUUUGGUUCCCGUGUAUAGUUGUGACUCGAGUGGUCUCUAUGCUGCGUAUUCAGCACCAGUGCCUUAUGUCAAAGACGGUCUUCUUUUUUAUAACAAGCAUUCUCACUACCAAGCAGGAAUUACGCCGUUAGCAUUAGUUUGGAAGGACGAGAACUGUAGUCAAUAUGUUUUGGACACAGACAGUAAAGGACAGGUUCCAAACCAACAGCAGGUGGUUUUGGAGCUUCAAGAAGAUGGAAAACUGACUACCUCAGAUGAUCCUCCUGUGGUGUUUGGCUGUUUAGAUGGAAGCUUUAUACAACAGUCAGGGCUGCAUUCAGGAUGUCUUCUACGGUUUUCAAUUGGAGAGGGAGGAUUUGUUUUGAUGGAUGGGAAGCUUGAGAAAGCCGAUCUACAUUAUCUUGGCAAGGCCAAUCGAGCUCGUGCCUCUGCUGAUAGUUUCUCUAAGGUUAUGUUCCAACACAGUGUUCGACACUCUCCCCUCAGAAUUGAAGGUCUGCUGGAAUCUGUCGGUUUACCAGUUGAUCAAGAAAGCAAAGCUUGUGAUGUUGAGAUGGAUGGUUGACAGGAAUGCAUUAUGAGUUGCAUCUGUUUUUUUAUCCUGAGCGCAAUGUUAAGAUUUUUCACCUUAAAUUUUUGGUUCACUAGGAUGCUUAUUUCUGUGAAGGCUUUCAUAAUUUAUAUUGGGGAUUCAGAAGAUUGAUAACUACCACACUUGCUGAGGCAGAGACUUGAAAUAGUCAUACCUAUUGACUAUUGUGAUUUGUAAACGAAAUUUCUUCAACCCAGAUGGGAGCAGGUGCACAUAUGCAUGUUAUCCUUCUAUUGUCUGGUUCAUUUGAUGCCUGGUAGUCUAAUCGUUGUAUUUGAUUGAGUUUUAUUAUUUCGAGCCAUGUAGUGUGUAUGGUGUAGCAUAUCAAUUGUACAGUCUAUUAAAAUUUUAAAGUUGAAAUCACUACAUAUAUGAAGUUAUCUGCCAGACUUCCUCUA